AUGGGUUGCUGUGCAACUAUCCUUCGUGUUUUUAUUGGGUUUACUGCACUCAUAUCAGCUGUUGUAUUUGCAGCUGGAGUUGCAAUGCUUUUCCAAAAGAAUGCAAGUAAUGAUGCUGAAAGUAAACCUAAAUACAAAUUUGAUACACAUCAAUUGUGGUAUCGAGAAUAUACUAACUCCGUAGCAAUUUUAGUCGUUUUAAUUAUUUUCCUUGUCUUCUUCAUUCUUACUUUCAUAUCAGCCGUCAGUGUUUGCUGCGUAAAAGCACGAUAUACUCGAAUAAUGGUGUUUAUAGAGUCACUCAUUGCAUUAGUUCCAUGCAUUAUUGUAUUUAUUGUUUGUACAUCAAAAAGAGAAAUGAUUCUUGUUAAAAAUGCAGAACAAAAAUUCAAAGAUAGUUUGAGUGUUGUAAAAAACGUUGGCAGUAGUGUUCUUGAGUUAGUAUUUGGCGAAAGAAACGAAACACAAAAAAGAAUUGUUGAAGCCACGAUUAAUUUAAGCAAUGUUUUUGAUUGCUGUUAUUGGAAAGAGCAAACAGUCGAAACAGAGGGAUUCUGUACAUAUAUGGCUGGUAAAUUUCUAUUAAAUCUGAAACCACGCACUUUUCGCAACAGUUGCUAUAAACGCCUUAUGGCAGGUGGAGAUGCUGGUUACUUAUAUGACCCAUGGUUCAAAUAUCCCACAUUCAUUUUUGGUAUUGUUGGAUUAAUUCUUAUAAUCCUCAUUAUUCUUUGUUCAAUUUCAUUUUGUAUACCACAAAGUAGCUUUUCUGGCAAUGAUAAAUCAUCAUCUUCAUCGUCCAGUUUCUCAUUAUCUAGCUAA